AUGGCAUGGUUGCUAGAGGACCUGCUCGGGGUUGAGGGUGAUAUGGAGCUUCUCUGGAACCUAUUGACCCAAGCCAUGGCCUGCAGACACUGUGGCAGCAGCUGCCUCCAGAGUCCAGGGAACUUGGUGAUAUUAUUCCUAUUCAUGUUUUGGCAGAUCCGGAAGUGGCAGCAGCUUGGAAGUUUCCAACAGCUUCAUCCCUGGUGCUCUGGGGACAUGAUGCUGGGCAAGAGCCUACCACUUCUGUAUCAUGUGGCCUUCCUUGAUCACCUCUGGAAGCAGAAAUCAGAGACAGAGGAAGAGGAGGAGGAGGAAGAGGAGGAGGAGGAGGAGGAAGAAGAGAUAUCUCUGGAUCCAUUGAAGCCAUGCUCCCCUCCCAAAGAAGCCCCCAUUGAAGAGCAAGCCACCACAGCUCCAGCCCAGACAUCCUGUGGUUCUGAGGACCUCCCCAAGGCCACAGGAGUACCAGAGCAAAUGCUCACACAGCCCCCAAGCCCUUCCAGACUCUUCCCCACCUUCCAGAUACUGACUAAUUUAUCUGCAAGGCACAAGAUAGCAUCAGAGAGCCCCUGGCAGCACAGAAAAAGCCAGCUCUUCUGGGGUCUCCCCUCUCUGCACAGUGAGUCCUUGGAGGGCAUCUUCCUGAGCUCAGGUGGCUCCUCUCCCCUGAAGUUGUCUCUCUGUCCCGUCUUCUUCAACAAGUUUGCCUUCCUACCUAGGUCCAACCUAUUGCUUCCCUGGUAUCACUCCCCAACCCAUUUUCCUACCCAUGAUGCCCAUACUAUGGAAGAUAUGGAAAAGGCCCCUGAUCCUCAGCUACUUCCACCUCCGCCUUCUCCUUAUGCCCCAUCACUACCUGUUCACCUUAAAGUCUUGCCAGCAGACCACAAGGGAGUCCUGUCUGGCACUGAGGCACCCACACAGCCCUGGAACUAGCCCCCUGGAACUAGCCCCCUGGAAGUUCCCCCUGGAUAUGAGUCUCAGUUGGGAACCACAGGAUAUAAAGACCCACAAGCUUCUGGGCCUCCAAUUCGACCCCCCUACCAAGUCCCAUCUUCUCUGUCAGAAACAAAAAAAAUCAGCCCUGAAGAAGGACUUUCUAUACCUAAGGACUCCUGGGGAACCGUGGGAUACAAAGAAAACCCUUGGGCCUCUGAGUCUUCAAUGCCAGCCCCUUGCCCUCCUCUAGACUCCCUGCCAAAACUCCAGGGAGAAAGUCCCCUGGAAUAUCCACCUGGAUAUGAGCCCCAGUGGGGAUACAGAGAAAACUCAGGAAAGCCCUGGGCCUUUGAGGCUCCAACCUUGGACCUCAACCCAGGGCUUCACGGAGCCAGCCCUGCAUGUGUCCCCUCGGGAUCUGAGACUUCAUGGAAGGGGAUGCAGAGUACAGAAAAUCUUUUGGUCUCUGUAGACCCAGUUUUACCUCCCAGACUUCCCUCAGCUCCUCUGCUAGAGUCUCUAGUAAUGGGCUGCCAGGGAGUCCUGUCUGGUUUCUCAGACCCUGCUCCUAGUGCACCUCUAGGCCCCCUUACAGAGCUGCCCCUUUGUAGAAUCAACCCUGUGGAAGGCCUCACUGGAUCAGAAACUACAGGGAAGGAGGACACUGAGCAUUCCAAGAAUUUCCAGGCUCCUGAGCCCCCAUCUCUGGUCUUCAGCCCACCCCCAACUCUUGUACCAGAGCCCCUCAGAGUUAGCCCCAUGGGGUUCCUGUUUGAUUCCGAGGUUAGAUGUGGGGACAUACACAGGAUAAAGAACUCCUGGGCCUCUAAGCUCCCAGCUUGUAGCUCACCCCAAGACCUGCUUGCUCCAGCCAGCCCCCUGGGAGUCUCACCUGACUCUGAGCCUGUGGAGGGGGACAUGGAGCAGAAAGAAAACUGCUGUGUUCCUGCGUUCCCAGAUUGGAGCCUUAGCCCACCCCUAAGCUAUGUUUCAAAGUCCAACAUAAGUGAGCCUAUUGAAGACCAAUGCAACUAUAAGCCUGAGGGGGAAGCAGUGGAGGAGCAGAGAAAGAACUGCUGGACCUCUGAGUGUUCAGCCCCCAGCUCACUCUCUGCUCCUCUACCAGAGGAUCACCACAUUGACCUUGAAUUUGUGUGGAGAAAUGCACAACAAAGAGAAGUCCCCCAGGGCCCCAGGCCUGUAGCAGUGGAUCCCCUACAGCCAGGACCCUGGCCUCCCACCCUAGCUGAAGCUGUGAGCACUGAGCCCAGCCAUCCUGACCUUCUCAAGGGAGAGAUGUUGCCAGGAGCUAAGGCAGAGGCCCCACCUUCCCAGAGAGAUGCUGUCCCAGAGGUGCUUCCAUACCCUAGGACCCAUGCCUGGCACUGGAGCAGAGAGUUGAAACUCAAGCUGAAGAAACUGCAUCAGAGCCCUGUUUCCAGGCCCCUUGGCCAAAGUCAACCAUUUUGCAGCUCCUCUGCCCUGACCUCCACAACGCCAGACUCCUGGAGACUCUCUUCCUGCCCCCCAAAGAAGACUUAUCUCCCCAACCCAUGCCCCCACUCUUCAAGCUGUCACUCCCCAAAAGUUCAGUGCACAGUACUUCAGCUGGUUCGGGCAUCCCACCGCCAUCACUCUGAAUCCUCCUCCCAGCCUCAGCCACGAGAGUCUGGCAGGGCAGAACAAAGGCCUCAGAGAGAAGAGAGAAAGAAGAUGGUGGCCCAGGUCCCAUCCCAAGGGACGUGUGUCCACCUGAAGGCUGAUGAGAACUAUCAAGGCCCGGCAGAGUCUUCAAACCCUGGGAUUCUGGCCUCAGGCAAGAGACUGGACAGGGCUUCAGCCCUAUCUUCAGCCAAGAGAGAAAGCCCCAGGAAACCCAAAGCAGGAGACCAUGAAGAAGGGAAUGCAAGACUGGCAUCAUUCUCUGUCACAGGGAAGAGCCAUCCUGCCCAGGCGCAAAGACUGGGGGACCCUGUAAGCAGACUUUCCCCAAGUUCUUGGCACAGGGCCCAGAGCGCUCAACAAACUGCUCUUCCCCAGCAGCUCCUCCCCAAGACUUCAGGUCUCCAGGAUCAGCCAGGGCCAGGGCUGGGAGUUGGUGACAUCCUUAACCCUCGCCACUGUAAGCACUGUCCUUGGGCCCACAUGGAGAAACAUCUCUCCUCCCCUACAACCAAGGCUCCCCCUAUCGGGAGUCUCCAAAAGGUAUUGACCACAUUUCUGGGUAAACCAUGGAAUCUGUCUACUAAAUCUAGUCAGUAG